GCCCCAUCACGUGCGCGUGGUCUCAGCGGGGCGGGGCCGGCGUCUCUUUGCUGCCGUCACUUCCGUUUCUCUGUCAGUAGCGAGCGAGCGAGCUGGAGGCAGUUCAGCUACAAGAGCGGAGCAAUGCCGAAGUCAAAGGAACUUGUUUCUUCAAGCUCUUCUGGCAGUGAUUCUGACAGUGAAGUUGACAAAAAGUUGAAGAGGAAAAAGCAAGUUGCUCCAGAAAAACCUGUAAAGAAGCAAAAGACUGGUGAAACUUCCAGAGCCCUGUCAUCUUCUAAGCAGAGCAGCAGCAGCAGAGAUGAUAACAUGUUUCAGAUCGGGAAAAUGAGGUAUGUCAGUGUUCGGGACUUUAAAGGGAAAGUCUUAAUUGAUAUUAGAGAAUACUGGAUGGAUCCGGAAGGUGAAAUGAAACCAGGAAGGAAAGGUAUUUCUUUAAAUCCUGAGCAGUGGAGCCAGCUGAAGGAACAGAUUUCUGACAUUGAUGAUGCAGUAAGAAAACUGUAAAAUGAGAGCCAUGUAAAACCUGUACUGUUCUAGUUGUUUUAAUCUGUCUUUUUACAUUGGCUUUUGUUUUCUAAACAUCGUUUUCCACGCUAUUGUAUAUUUGGAUUGCAGAACAAUUUGUAAGAUGAAUACUUUUUUUUAAAUGCGCAUUAUUAAAAAUGUUCUGAGUGAAGCUAAUUGUCAGUUUUAUUAAGGAGGAUUGCUUUUGUGUCCACCACCUAGUGUAAAAUAAAAUCAAGUAAUACAAUCUUAACUGUUGUGGCCUUCUUUGAUCAGAAAAGUUGGUACUUUUUAAGGCCAAAAGUAACAGUUUAUCGACCUUUUAGUUUCAACUCAGCUUUUACGUUCAAAAGGAUUAGCAUUGCAUUGAAUUUAGAAAAUUUUGGUUUGUGAAAUUCAUGGUUGAUCUGUUUCCUUCUAGUCAAAUAUCUGGACUUGUUUGAUUUUUUUCUUUUCCCCCCACCCCAAUGAUAUUUCACUUUCCCCUUUUUUUCUUCACUUCAUUUUCCUUUUAAUAACUUGUUAUGUUCAGUUUUCAUUUUGCUUUUUGCUCUUUUUCUUGAGUAUAUUAUGCUAAUUUGGAAAGUCUGAAACUGUCAAAAUGUUACUUAUCUCAAUAAGGUACUUGUAAGUAAAAUAUUAUAUGAGAACUACAAUCACUAAUUCUACUGUAUUAAAUAUUAGGAGAUAUAGUUUGAUAAACAACAUGGCUUGUAUGAAAACUCCGAGCAAGUAAAUGUAUGUAUGUCAUUACCUGUAGUGUUCUGUGUAGUUGUUAUCUUAUUGCUUAGUCUGCAGAAAAUAAUGACUUAGAUGUCUGAUUGCUUUCACUUAUUAAACAUAUUCACCAUGGGAUGAUGUCUAUAAAAUCAGAUAUUGUUAAAUUAGACUAGGAUUUAAUAAAAAUUGUGAAAGCUUA